AACAACAACCCUUUCAACCUGCGUUACAUCCUGGAAAACAACAAGUUAUCUGGGACCAACAUUCUUGACUGGGAGAUGAAUCUCCGAAUCGUUUUUAACUAUGAGAGGAAACUCUACAUCAUCGAAACGGAUCCUCCCAAGACCCCUGAUGCUAAUGCUCGUGCGUCCGAACUCACUUCCUUCAAGAAGUAUGAGGAUGACGCGCGAGAUGUAAAGUCAGCACACACACUCAACAGAGUUCCAUCUAAAGCUAUCGAGAGCACACCAUACGAACUAUGGCGUGGGAGAAAACCGAGUUUCUCGUACUUUAAGAUUUGGGGCUGUGAAGCUUAUGUAAAAUGUCUCAUGACGGCUAGUAAGUUGGAGCCUAAAUCUGAUAAAGUAAUUUUUGUGGGAUACCCCAAGGAAACUAGAGGGUAUGAGUUCUAUCAUCCAUCCGAUAACAAAAUUUUCGUUGCUCGGAAUGGAACCUUCCUUGAGAAGGAGUUUCUUUCUGUUAUCAUUAGUGGGAGAAAGGUAGACCUCGAAGAAAUUCGAGAACCACAAGAGGAAAUCCCGAUAGUGUUGGAACCUGAGAAAAGAGAUCAAGCAAUUGAACCUCAAAUUGCUCAAGAUAUACCACGUAGGUCAGACCGGAUACGUAAUCCUCCGGUCAGAUAUGGAUUUCUCAUGUCUGAUGAAGGUGACGUCUUGUUGAAGGUCAGUGGGAGUGUAAUAGUAUUCCUAAUCUUAUAUGUCGAUGACAUAUUGUUAAUGGGUAACGAUAUUCCCGCUCUCACUUCUGUAAAGACGUGGUUGAGCGAGAACUUCUCCAUGAAAGACUUAGGAAAUGCUAGUUAUGUCCUUGGCAUAAGAAUCUACCGAGAUAGAUCAACAAAGUUAAUAGGUCUGAAUCAAAGUACAUAUAUAGAUAAAAUCCUUGAUCGAUUUAGCAUGUCUAACUCAAAGAAAGGAUCUUUACCUAUGACACCUGGCACUGUUCUUUCCAAGAGCCAGAUUCCUUUUACUCCCGAGCAGAAGGAACUCAUGAUGAAGGUUCCAUACGCCUCUGCGAUUGGAUCCAUCAUGGAGGUCAGGCUUUCGUGCGCCUACUACAGUGGGCCCGUCCAGGAACCUUUGGGAUCCAACGGGUUUUCAUCAGGUGGGCUUUGUAUUCACUCCUCAGCUUUUGCUGAGCGUGUAGUUGUUUUUGCUACACACAGGCCGCAAGUGAUCGACACCGACGAAGUCACCGGAGGUAGCCACGAUUCUUGCCGGAAGUUGCCCCGGAAAGUUGAAUGAAGAAAACAUCCAUUGUGCAAAUCAACCCACUUGUAUAAGAGAAAUAAAUGUGGAGCCUAUUC